GAGAGAGAGAGAGAGAGAGAGCAGGAAGGAUUCACGUGUUCCUGACCAGCUUUCCUGCAGAUUUAAAUAGUCGGUAGACCCAUCUUCCUGUCCUCUUUGGAUUCGUUAUGUUUUGGGAUUUGAAUUUUAUACACAGAGAUAAUGGUGCGUGCACUCUUUCCCCCUUUGUUCUUGUUUUCUAUGCACUCUCAAUGAGAAAUGUCAAAGAAACUCUUCUGAUGAGUUGAUAUGGAUUAUGGGUUUUGUAAUUCAUGGUAGAUGAUAAUUAAUGGGUUUUGAUGGGUGCUUGGGUUUUCUGAGUAUCUUUUGAGAUUUUUGGUUUUUUAUGUUUUUGUGGGUUUUCUAUGGUGUGGAGGAUUUUCUGAGGAAUUGGGGGACAGAGCUUGGAGAAUCCAAUCUUUCUUCCCUUUUCUUUGGUGUGUCUUCCUAGAGGAAUCGAUUCAUGGGUCCGGCAUCAUGAAUCCUAUAGGCUUUUUUCAUGGGCCGAAGUGAGGAAAUGGCGACGGGUAAUGCUUUUGGCUAGAUGAAUUUGAUGGUGGGUCUUGCUUUUUUCUGCUUUUUGGGUGUGUCUGGACUUGGCAGAUUCCUUCUGGGGUGAAAAAAUUGUGGCGUUUCUGCCAAAAGAGAUACUCGGUGGUUUCGGGGAUAUGUUGAAUUUCAGUGUAAAUCGCAGAUCGGUAUGAUUUUUGGGUGAAAAUUUAGGUGCUUUCAAUGAAGAAGAUGCUUGGUUUUCUGAUGAAAAAGGUUAAUUACGAUUCUCUGUCUUUCUGAUGAAAAUUCAGAUGCUUUUGAUGUAUUAGAUACUUGAGCUGCCGAUGAUAUGGUGAAUCUCAGUGUAAAUUUUGAAUCUGUACAUAUAUUAGGCAUUGAUUUGGGGAGUUCCGUUGAGAUGGGUAUGUCGGUUUUACUGUAGAAACUCUUAGGAGUGAGUUUCUUCUUCUUCUUCUUCUUUUUGUCUUUGGUGUAAAAGAGAUUGUUAAAGGAUGUCAUCGAAGUCGAAUAGAGCAACUUGUUCUAGGAGCAGCUCAGCUCGAUCCAAGCACAGUGCCCGUGUGGUUGCUCAGACUCCUGUUGAUGCGAAGCUCCAUGUCAACUUCGAGUCAUCGGAGCAACAGUUCGAUUACUCAGCUUCGAUCGAUGUCAACAUUUCAAGUGCCGACAGCAAUGUCCCUUCAUCGACCGUGUCUGCAUACCUCCAGCGUAUGCAACGGGGAAAGCUCAUCCAGCCAUUCGGCUGCAUGAUUGCUGUCGAGGAGCAUACCUUCUCCGUCCUCGCUUACAGUGAGAAUGCCCCCGAGAUGUUGGAUUUAGCCCCACAUGCCGUCCCCAGCAUCGAGCAACAGGAAGCGUUGACGAUCGGCACGGAUGCCCUUACCCUCUUCCGAUCCUCGAGUGCAGCUGCCUUGCAGAAAGCCGCAAGUUUUGGUGAAGUCAAUCUCCUCAAUCCGAUACUGGUGCACUGUAGAAACUCGGGGAAGCCCUUUUAUGCAAUUAUGCAUCGGAUCGAUAUUGGGCUGGUUAUAGACUUAGAGCCUGUGAAUCCCGCCGAUGUGCCGGUUACUGCGGCUGGAGCACUGAAAUCAUACAAACUCGCUGCCAAGGCCAUUUCUAGGUUGCAGUCUUUGCCAAGUGGGAAUAUCUCACUUUUGUGCGAUGUCUUGGUCCGUGAAGUAAGCGAGCUUACAGGCUAUGAUCGUGUGAUGGCAUACAAAUUUCAUGAAGAUGAACAUGGUGAAGUAAUUGCCGAAUGCCGGGGAUCAGAUUUGGAGCCUUACCUUGGCUUGCAUUAUCCAGCGACCGACAUCCCGCAAGCUUCAAGGUUUCUGUUCAUGAAGAAUAAGGUUCGGAUGAUAUGCGACUGUUUGGCGCCGCCCGUUAAAGUGAUCCAAGACAAGAAAUUGGCACAGCCGUUGAGCUUGUGCGGGUCCACGCUGAGAGCUCCUCAUGGUUGCCACUCUCAGUACAUGGCCAAUAUGGGGUCCAUCGCAUCCCUUGUGAUGUCUGUCACGAUCAAUGAGGAUGAUGAUGAUACGUCAGGUGAACAACAGCAGAAGGGGAGAAAGCUGUGGGGGCUGGUUGUUUGCCACCACACGAGCCCGAGGUUCGUCCCAUUCCCGCUGCGAUAUGCGUGUGAGUUUUUGGUACAAGUGUUUGGCAUACAGCUAAACAAGGAAGUCGAGCUGGCCGCUCAGAUGAGGGAGAAGCACAUCCUACGGAUGCAGACUGUGCUCUGUGAUAUGCUUCUUAGGGACGCCCCAGUCGGGAUCAUUACACAAUCACCCAACGUGAUGGAUCUUGUUAAGUGUGAUGGGGCCACCCUCUACUACCGAAAUCAGUUCCGGUUGCUUGGAACAACCCCCACGGAAGCCCAGAUUAGAGAUAUAGCUGGAUGGCUUUUGGAAUACCAUGAUGGUACAACGGGUUUAAGUACGGAUAGCCUUACAGAAGCUGGAUAUCCCGGUGCUGCUGAUCUUGGAGAUGAUGUUUGUGGGAUGGCCGCCAUUAAAAUCACCUCCAAGGACUAUCUCUUUUGGUUCCGGUCACAUACAGCGAAAGAGAUUAAGUGGGGUGGUGCGAAGCACGACCCAGUUGAUAAGGACGAUGAUGGUCGGAAAAUGCACCCACGGUCCUCAUUCAAAGCUUUCCUAGAGGUGGUGAAGCGAAGGAGUCUUCCAUGGGAGGAUGUCGAAAUGGAUGCCAUCCAUUCAUUACAGCUCAUAUUGCGGGGUUCAUUGCUAGAAGAGACUGCAAUGGAUACCAAGAGUAUCGUGAAAGCAACAUCCACUGAUGUGAGCAUUCAAGGGAUAAAUGAACUGCGUGUGGUCACGAAUGAGAUGGUCCGCCUCAUUGAAACGGCAACAGUGCCCAUUUUGGCUGUAGAUGCAUCUGGAAACAUAAAUGGAUGGAAUACCAAGGCAGCUGAGUUGACCGGGUUGUUGGUACAUCAAGCUACCGGCACGCCAUUAAUUGAUCUUGUAGAGGACGAUUCGGUUGAAGUGGUGAAGAACAUGCUCCAUUUGGCUUUGCAAGGCAAAGAAGAACAAAAUGUUGAAAUCAAGCUUAAAACAUUCGGUCAUCAGGAAAACAACGGGCCCAUAAUCUUGGUGGUUAACGCAUGUUGUAGCCGGGACAUGAAGGAAAACGUAGUAGGAGUUUGCUUUGUUGCACAAGACAUGACGGGGCAAAAGAUGGUAAUGGACAAAUACACUCAAAUCCAAGGAGACUACAUUGCAAUCGUGAGGAGCCCAAGUGCACUCAUUCCUCCAAUAUUCAUAAUAGAUGAGUGUGGUUGCUGCUUGGAGUGGAAUGAAGCUAUGCAGAAGCUGUCAGGCUUGAAGAGGGAGGAUGCAAUCAACAAAAUGCUCGUUGGAGAGGUUUUCACGCUUCACAACUUUGGUUGUCAGGUCAAGGACCACGACACAUUGACAAAGCUGAGAAUAGCGUUGCACGGAAUUAUAGCAGGCCAGGACGCCGAGAAACUGCUGUUUGGAUUCUUUGAUCUGAACGGUAAGUACAUGGAAGCGUUGCUUUCUGCCAGCAAACGAACGGACGCAGAUGGUCGGAUCAUAGGAGUGUUCUGCUUUUUGCAUGUGGCCAGCCCCGAACUUCAACAUGCGUUGCAGGUGCAGCAGAUCUCGGAGCAGGCUGCAGUGAACAGCCUCAAGGAAUUGUCCUAUAUUCGUCAGGAAAUCAGGAACCCACUUCAUGGCAUUAUAUUCACUCGCAAUCUUAUGGAGGUUUCUGAAUUGACGAAAGAGCAGAAGCAACUUCUGAGGACGAGCACUCUCUGUCAAGAACAGCUAGCAAAAGUCUUGGAUGACAUGGAUUUAGAAAGUAUUGAGGAGUGCUAUUUGGAGAUGAACACCGUAGUAUUUAACCUUGGGGAAGCUCUGGAGGCGAUCAUAACUCAAGGGAUGACUCUAAGCAGGGAACGGCAGGUGCAGCUCAUUCGUGAUACACCCGCAGAGGUAUCCUCCAUGUACUUGUAUGGUGACAAUCUGAGGCUACAGCAAGUUCUGUCAGACUUCUUGUCGAACGCACUUCAGUUCACGUCGCCAUCUGAAGGGUCUGUCGUCCUACGAGUCAUCCCAAGAAAGGAACAUAUUGGGACUAGGGUGCACAUCGUUCAUCUGGAAUUCCAGAUUGCACACUCGGCGCCGGGGAUACCAGAGGCCUUGAUUCAAGAAAUGUUCCACCGUGGCCAACGCAUGUCAAGGGAAGGCCUUGGCCUCUACAUCAGCCAGAAGCUUGUGAGAAUAAUGAAUGGGACUGUACAAUAUCUCCGAGAAGCCGAGAGAUCGUCUUUCGUCAUUCUCGUUGAGUUCCCCUUAGCACGCCAUACCAAGCCAAGGUAUAACCAGUCAUGAAGAUGGCUAUCCAAUGCUCUCCAUCACACACCCUUCAUGUGGCCUGCCGACAUGGGAAAAUGAGCCUGUUAAUUAGAUCCCUUGAGCAGGCCACAUGUCGAAAAGGCAAUAAGAAGGUUUUUUUUUUUAAUUUUUAUUUUUUAAAUUUAAGUUUAACAUAACAGCCUCCCCUGUAUCGAAGUUGGUGGUUUGAUCCAAGCAGUGUUUUAAAUCAACAAAUGCAAUAAGUUUCAGUGUAUGCUCAUAUUGCCCCUCAUUUGCAAUUUGAUUCCUUUUCAAUCA